AUGUCUCCCACGUCGGGCUGCCACAGUCCAACGUUCAACGUUCACACCCUCUCCGUCAGUCAACCGGCGCAAAAGCAAGCAGCAAGAAGCAAGAAGCAAAAUGUCAACGCACCGUCGAUGCAUCCCAGCCCUAGCCCAAACACCCUCCCACCCGCGUGA